UGUCUCCACAAUCGAAUUACAAAAAUCCUAACCUAACUUUUUAGAUUAUUAAAUUCUUUAUUUGAUUAAAAAUUAAUUAAGAAUCUAAACUAUGAAUACUGCUAAAAAAGUUCCUGAAAUUACUGAAGAAGCGGUUUUAAAGAAAACCGAGAAUGUUGAUUGUUUAAAAGAAAAAGUACAAGGAUAUAAUUGGAAUAACGGAUUAAACUAUGAAGAAAUAUUAAAAACUUACUUACACACAGGGUUUCAAGCAACAAAUUUCGCAUUAGCCGUAAACGAAAUAAAUAAAAUGUUAGAAUGUAGAAAUCGACCGAUAACAAAUCAAAAAUACGAUGAUAAAGAGGACCCUUUUAUAACACCGAAAACAAAUUGUACCAUAUUUUUGGGGUACACAUCAAACAUAGUUUCAAGCGGAUUACGAGAAACUAUCCUUUUUUUAGUAAAAAAUAAAUUGGUUGAUUGUAUAGUUACAACGGCAGGUGGUGUCGAAGAGGAUUUUAUUAAAUGCCUUGCGUCAACGUUUUUGGGCGACUUCCACUUAGAAGGCAAAAAGCUAAGACAGCAAGGAAUUAAUAGGAUAGGAAAUUUAUUAGUUCCUAAUGAUAAUUAUUGCAAAUUCGAAGAUUGGGUGACACCAAUACUCAAUGAAAUGGUAUUAGAACAAAAAGAGAAUGGUGUUUUAUGGACACCCAGCAAAAUGAUUCAACGAUUAGGUGAAAAAAUAAAUAAUGAGGAGAGUAUUUAUUAUUGGGCUUCUAAAAAUCAAAUACCAGUGUUUAGUCCCGCUUUAACAGAUGGAAGUUUAGGGGAUAUGAUGUUUUUUCAUUCGUUUAAAAAUCCUGGGUUAAUUGUUGAUAUUUUAUCAGAUUUGAGAAGAUUAAAUUUAAUGGCUAUUAAAGCUUCUAAUACGGGGGUUAUUAUUGUUGGUGGAGGCUUAAUUAAACAUCACAUUUGUAAUGCGAAUCUUAUGAGAAAUGGUGCUGAUUAUGCGGUGUAUUUAAAUACAUCUUCGGAAUAUGACGGGAGCGAUUCUGGAGCACGACCGGAUGAGGCGGUUUCUUGGGGUAAAAUAAAACCGGAAGCAACACCUGUUAAAUUGUACGCGGAAGCUACGUUGGUUUUUCCUCUUUUAGUUGCAGAAACUUUUGCUAAAUAUCAUUUUAAUCGAAAUAAAUCUGAAUAAAUGAAUUAAAUUUAA